GUGACUCCUGACAGCGACAUCAACAACCGCGCCGCAGUGCAACCAAACUUGAUGGCCAAGCGUGAUUGACGUGCGUCGCAUUAAUCGGAGCUCCAGGAGCGGGACGCUGCUUGUCAUGAGAGGAAAGAUGGAGGUCUCCUCGACGGGGGACCGUGUUUUCGCGGCUGAAGCCAUUCUGAAGCGCCGGGUCCGCAAGGGGAGACUUGAGUACCUGGUGAAGUGGAAAGGAUGGGCCAUGAAGCACAGCACCUGGGAGCCGGAGGAGAACAUCCUGGACGACAGGCUGAUUCUGGGCUUUGAGCGAAAGGAGCGGGAACAGGAAAUGCACGGGCCGAAGAAACGGGGACCAAAGCCCAAAACCCCCACAGGGAAGACCCGGACUCAGAAGGGAGCGUCCAGGGGCGGGGCCUCAGACGCGCCCCACACUACGUCACGCUCCGCCCCCGGCAGAGCGCCUCCCUCCUCCCUCGCCCCGCCCCACGCAGCCUCUUCGUCCGCCUCUUCCUCGACCGUGGCCCCGUCUCCUAAACUCAACUCCCUGGCGGCCACUCACAAGCUGAAGAAAGACAUUCACCGCUGCCACCGGAUGUCCCGGCGCCCCCUCCCCCGCUCGGACCCCAUGGCGCCCUCCUUCUCCACCCCGGGCGGCCUCCCGUCCCGCCUGCACGCCUCCCCCUUCUCUGAGACUGUCCGCAUCCUCAACCGCAGGGUCAAACCCCGGGAGGUCAAGAGAGGUCGCAUCAUCCUCAACCUGAAGGUCAUCGACAAGGCCGGCCGGGGGGGCGCGGCCGGCCGGAGUGUCACGGCGGGGCGCCAAAACAUCCCGUCCCGCAACCGCAUCAUCGGGAAGAAGGGAGACGCCCCCUACCGCCCUUUCCAGCCGCCCCUGAAGAUGCUGGGCUUCCCCAUGUACGGGAAGCCGUUUGGGCUGCAGUGCGGGGGCCCCGCGUCCCUUCAGCCCCACCCGGGCUCCAGCACCGAGGAGAGGAACGCCGGCUCCGCCUCCGCCCACCCUGAAAGGAGACCCCCCACCAGCGGCGCCGCAGCCUCGCCUCCCACAGAGGCUAUCGAGUCCAGCCAGAAGGGCCCGAACGCCACGCCGGCGGAUGCUUCCUGGUCCUCCGACCCGCCUCUCCUCCCGUCCUCGUCUUCAUCCUCCCUCGGGGAGAAGGAGGAGGAGGAGGAGGGAGAUGCUGCGCCGGACAGUAGCAUGACCCGAGAGGGAGGCAGGAAAAGCGCUCGUGAACGCGGUGCAAGACGCCAUCAGCCUGUCGCCCCCGGGGACCAGAGCUCCGCCCUCACUGAUUCCCAAAGACCGCCCGCCGAGGGAGACCCCAACUGGCACCCAGAAAUGGCGCCGAGCUCAAAGGACGUGGUGGUCACCGACGUCACCUCCAACCUCCUCACCGUUACCAUAAAAGAGUUCCCCUCCCCCGCCUCCCCUUCUGCCGGACCCGAAAACGCCCCCUCCUCCUCUGACCCUCCCCCUCCUCAACCGAAGCCAUGUGGGGUGACCUCGGGUCUGACCCGGCCCAGCUCCGUGACCUCGGGUCGGACCCGGCCCAGCCCCGUGACCUCGGGUCUGCGUCUCUCCGUGUGGAUCGCCAACGAUCAACGAUCAAAGAACCACCGCGGAGGACACGGAGCAGCACCUCCCGGACUCAGCGAGCCUUCUCCGGUCCGGAUUCUGUUCCCGUGCGCGGCGACCAUGAAGUUCGCGGUGGUGCUCGUGGGCGCCGGCAGCCUGGCCUUCCUCGGCGCGGUCAUCUGCAUCGUGGCCAGCGUUUACCCCCCAAGGACCGCCGCGCCCCUCGGGGACAACGGCACGCUGACGUCGGAGCCGCCGUUCGAGCCCGGGUCGGUGGCGCGCGCCGGUCCGCUGGGCGCGCUGCACGGCUCGGAGUCCUACGACAACGCGCUUGGCGGCCUCGGCCUGGAGGUCCCCCCCCUCAACGAGCUCCACCUCGGGGAGGAGGUCGGCGGCGGGUCCGCCAAGGAGAUCAGCUUCAGCCGGUUGAUCUGCACGCCGGUGCCGGCGGGUCACUGCGGGACCAAAGACCUGAGACGGCGGCAGGCGGACGACCCGGAGGACCGGACCCGCCUCCGGACCACGGCCGAGCACCUCCGGCAGAUGGUCCUGCAGCAGAACGACCAGAUCCUCAUGGACCAGAGGACCAUCCGGGAGCUCAGCGGGAAGCUGAGCGAGUGCGAGAGCGGCCUGGAGGACGAGCGGGCCGUCCCGGAGCGCAGCGUCGGGGUCUGGAGCGGCACCCGCCGCGUCAUGGCCGGGGAUGACGUCAGCUCCUCCACGGCGCGCGCCGUGGAGGAGCUGGCGCGCGCCAUCAUGGACCUGAAGGACCGCAUCGAGAAGCUCGAGGCGGAGAUUGGUCCGGCAGCCUUGAACCUAACGGAUCCGUCCAGUGCGCCCGGCAGAGGUCCGGCUCCGCCCACCCCCGGUGGCUCCUCCUCCUCCCACCCUGCUCCGGCCCCCCACCCUGGGGGGGGGCGUCGUCCAGCCUCCCCCGCCUCCCUUGCCCCCAAAACCCAGUACAAGGGCUCCGCCGGGCGGCCCAAGGGCCCCUGGAGGGUGGAGGACCUGGAGGGGGAGCUGGAGAGGAAGAUCAAGCUGCUGGAGAAGGAGCGGCAAACCAUGAGGAAGGAGACGCACGGAGAACACGAGAAGAUCCACCAGGGCAUCAACGCCGCGGACCACCGCGUCUCCGAGAUGGAGCACACGGUGAUGGAGCCCUCGUUUCCCGAAGGCUUCGUCCUCUCCUUCCCAAUGAGGACCAACUACAUGUACGGCCUGGUGAGGAAGGAGAUCACGGAGAUGUACGCCUUCACCGCCUGCAUGUGGCUGAGGGCCAAGGAGGGGGGCAUCGGGACGCCCUUCUCCUACUCCGUCCCGGGACAGCCCAACGAGCUGGUGCUGCUUCAGGGGGUCCACAGCCCGGCAGAGCUGCUCAUCAAUGACAAGGUGGCGCAGCUGCCUCUCUCUCUACCUGAGGACCAGUGGCAGCACAUCUGUGUGAGCUGGACCCUGAGGGACGGGGUGUGGAAGGCCUAUCAGGGGGGCAAGAUGAAGGGCAGGGGGGAGGGGCUUGCCGCCUGGCAUCCAAUUAAACCAGGAGGCGUCCUUAUACUGGGACAGGAACAGGACGCGCUGGGCGGGCACUUUGACGCCUCCCAGGCGCUGGUGGGGGAGCUGUCCCAGUUCAACCUGUGGGACCGGGUGCUGAAGCCGGCCGAGGUGGCCGCGCUGGCCGACUGCAGCUCCUCGGCUCUGGGCAACAUCUCGCCCUGGACCGACCGCCACGUGGACGUCUUCGGCGGCGCCACCAAGGAGUCCCUGGACCCGUGCCACGCCGCCCGCAGGUCCGACCCCUCCAGCCCCAGGCAGUGAGGUCCAAAAGGGGGGGCGAGGCGCUUGUGCAGUGGUAGCGGUGUGUUUUUUUAGUCACAUGGUCACCUCAGCGGUGGCUGCACGAAUGCAUCCACUUUAACGGGACUGGCUCGUGGUUUUAGGCCCCGCCCCUCCUGGUUCCGGUCGCGACGGGGUGAGCAUGGGUUGAACCUUGUCUGACCUCUGAGAUGCUUUCAUUGGUUGUGUUCGUUUCAGCGCCUGAUGGGAGGCGGAGUCAGUGUUUCUCUGUUAGCUGUAAACUAACCGGUGGUCUUAACGUAUCUUCUGUAUUCUGUAUCUGUGCAGUGUGCUCAUCCGGCCGCAAAGAUGAUGGUCUCUGUCCACAUUUCAGAGAUGGACGAUCGUCCACCUCUAAGAGAAAGACGAUGGUCUUUGUCCCCCUCUCUCAGAGACACUCGCUUCCCACCGAUCAGAUGUCGAUGACUUUAGUGAAUCUGUGUUGUGUCGCUCAACCACCCUGAUGGAAUGUGUCUAUGUAUGUUUGCAUGAGCAAAGUCACAUGAGUAAACUACAGUGGUGAUGUCAUCAGUGGUGGUGAUGUCACCACAUGGAUCAGAGGUGGGAGGGAUCCUUUGGCGGCCAUUUUGAACAUCUGGCUCCCUACAGAGAGAAAGGCUACUUUUACGUCGGUCUCUCUGCAAACUAAAGAACAAACUGAUGAUAUCAGAAGCAUUUAUUGAUCACAUGAUAUUCCCUGAUCCAUUAGAAUCAGAUCAGAAGCCAUUUAUUGCCACAUAUAUGUUACACAUAGAGGAAUUUGACUUAUAUAUACGAAUAAAAUAAGUAAUAUACAAGCGAGAAUUACAAUGUAUUCAUCUUAUCAACAAAACCCCCGAAGCUUUGUUUACGUCAUGUUUAGAAGACAGAAAAAGAAAGUUUCCUCUAGCGAUAAAUAAUCUUUUAAUCUCUGGAAGUUCAGAAUGGACGUGGCGUUUGGAGGAUCAGGGGUUAGAUUCCAACUGAGAGAAGUGAACAGUGGUUUCAGAUACAAAAUCCACCUUAGGCACCCCCCCCCCCCAGUCCCCCAUGCCCCCCCACACCAACCGUCACCCUGCUGUAAAGUGCCUGCAUGGGCUCCAAUGCCCAAAAUAUAAUAGUGGAACGUUUUUAUGUUUGACUCUUCUUUGUUGUCUCUCUCUCCUUCCGUCCAUCUUGCUUGUGGUCUUGAAGGCAGUGACAGUGGUGCGCUUGUUGCGCUUAUUUACAUCUCCAUGGAUUUUCAAUGAUAUUGUGAAAUAAAUGGAUAAAAUAAAUAAAAAAAUGAAAUGGUUAUAACAAAAA